AUGCAUCUGGUACCUCUCUGUUAUUUGCUGUGGAUUUUUCAGGGUGUUUUGGGGCAGUUUCCCAGAGCCUGUGUCUCAUCCAAGAACCUGUUAGAGAAGGAAUGUUGUCCAGUAUGGAGUGGAGAUGGCUCUCCCUGUGGCCAGCUAUCAGGACGAGGAUCCUGCCAGGAGAUAAGCCUUUCCAGAGCACCAGAAGGGCCCCAGUUCCCUUUCUCCAAGGUGGAUGACCGGGAGGAUUGGCCUUCUGUCUUUUACAAUCAAACCUGCCAGUGUUCUGGCAACUUUAUGGGGUUCAACUGUGGUGACUGCAAAUUUGGGUUCACUGGACCAAACUGCCUGGAGAGGAGACUGCUGCUAAGAAGAAGCAUCUUUGACUUGAGCAUACCUGAGAAAGACAAGUUCCUUGCCUACCUCAACUUGGCUAAGCACACUAUCAGUUCAGAUUAUGUCAUCCCUAUCAGCACCUAUGCCCAGAUGAACAAUGGUUCAACCCCUAUAUUUAGGGACAUAAACAUUUAUGACCUCUUUGUCUGGAUGCAUUACUAUGUGUCCAGAGACGCACUGCUUGGGGGCUCCACUGUCUGGAGAGACAUUGAUUUUGCCCAUGAAGCACCAGGUUUCCUACCUUGGCACAGAUUCUUUCUCCUGCUAUGGGAAAAAGAGAUCCAGAAGUUAACAGGAGAUGUGAACUUCACUAUCCCCUACUGGGACUGGCGAGAUGCUGAGGAAUGCACUAUUUGUACAGAUGAGUACCUGGGAGGUCGUCACCCUGUAAACCCAAAUAUCCUCAGCCCUGCCUCAUUCUUCUCCUCUUGGCAGGUUAUCUGCAGUCGAUCAGAAGAAUACAACACCCAGCAGGCCUUGUGUAAUGCAACAGAAGAAGGACCCCUGCUCCGUAGCCCUGGAAACCAUGACCGAGUGAGAACACCAAGACUUCCCACAUCAGCUGAUGUGGAAUCUUGCCUAAGCCUAACUCAAUAUGAAGCUGGUUCCAUGGACAGAGUUGCUAAUUUCAGCUUUAGGAACACACUAGAAGGUUUUGCCAAUCCACUUACUGGCAUAGCAGAUGCAUCUCAGAGCACCAUGCAUAAUGCUUUACAUAUCUACAUGAAUGGCACAAUGUCCCAGGUACAAGGAUCUGCUAAUGAUCCCAUCUUUAUUCUUCACCAUGCCUUUGUGGACAGUAUUUUUGAACAGUGGCUUCGAAGACAUCGUCCACUACAAGAAGUUUACCCAGCAGCCAAUGCACCCAUUGGACACAAUCGUGAGUCCUAUAUGGUCCCUUUCAUCCCUGUCUACACAAAUGGAGAAUUUUUUAUUUCAUCCAGAGACCUGGGAUAUGAUUAUGCCUACCUAGCUGAGCCAGCACCUGACUUCUUUCAAGAAUUUAUUAAGCCUUACUUGAAGCAAGCAAGUCAGAUCUGGCAGUGGCUUGUUGCAGCUGCUGCCAUUGGUGGAGUGAUCACUGCAAUCAUCAUAGGGCUCGCCAGUCUGUUCUGCAGGAGGAAGAAAAAGAGGUUCUCAGAAGAAGAACAACCCUUGCUCUUAGAGAGAGAGGACUACCUUAGUGGGAAUUAUCAGAGUCACUUAUAA